AUGAAAUGGAAAAAAACUUCGGCUUCAACAGCCGUUUCUAGUAGUUCAUCGGGACAAAUGUCUUUAAGUAGAGAGCAAGCAGAAUCUUUUGCUGAUCGACUUGCUGAUAGAGUAGAAAGAAGUGAUGGACAGUAUGAACUUGAUGCCUAUAUCCGACAAGGAACUGAUAUGACUAACAUUCAAGAAUUUAAGAACAAACUUCAAGAGUAUCAAGAAGGCACUGAUUAUAUCUAUGAUGAAAGCAAAAAAACUUAUAUUAUUCGUCAUGGAGAACUAAAAAACACCUUUUGGGGAGAUGCUUCUAAUGAGGUUGAAUAUAAAGCAAUAGAAGAUAGCAGAGGAAAUAUGCAGUUUCAGAAGUCUGCUAUCUUUCGUUCUUCCAAGGAAAAGAAAGAAGGAGUCGACCAAGCUCCUUUUGUUCAUUCUGUCGAAAAAAUGAGGGACAAGCAAUGGAAAGAGAAAAAUUUGGGUAAUUUCCCAAAAACAAUUCCUACCUUGCCUCCUAAUUCACAAAAUGAGAAAGAUAAUUCUCACCAAACGGAAGCAAAUUUUCCGGAGGAAAUUGAAGAAGAAUUUGGCUAUUAUAAGCAAUGA